AUGGCCCAGCUUCCCCGGCUGUCUCACGAGGAAUACACUGUAGGAUGGGUGUGCGCACUCCCCGUCGAGCUGGCGGCGGCGCAGGAAAUGCUGGACGAAGUGCACGAAGACCAUGAGCGCGACGGCAACGAUGAGAAUCUAUACUCCCUAGGAUCGAUUGCUGGGCACAAUGUCGCCAUCGUCUGCCUGCCAGCGGGAUGUAUUGGUAACAACCCUGCAGCGGUUGUGGCGACACAGAUGAAGGCUACAUUCAAGGGAAUUCGGUUCGGGCUGAUGGUUGGCAUCGGCGGAGGAGUACCCAGCGCCGCAGCGGACAUCCGGCUUGGGGACGUGGUGGUUAGCCAGCCCGAUAAGACGUUUGGCGGGGUGGUGCAAUACGAUGCUGGAAAGGCGACGACGAGCGGGUUCGAACGGACGGGAUCGCUUAACGCGCCACCGAAGGUGCUGCUUCACGCGGUUGCAAUAGUAAAAGCAAAUGAAUUCUUGGGUAAGACCAGGAUGGUAGAGUUUAUAAGGAAACUAGAGAGCACCAACCCUAGGUUUCAGCGCAGCAAGGCAGGGCCUGACGUCUUAUUCAACGCGGAGUACGACCACGAGGGUGGGCGGACGUGCGAAGGAUGCAAGGCAGCUCACCACAAAGCUCGGGAGCCGCGCGAAGAGGAGGUAGUAUCUCACUACGGGACGAUUGCGUCAGGGAAUCAGGUGAUGAAGAACGCGACAGAGCGAGACAAGGUCAGCGCAGAGCUUGGUGGGGUGCUCUGCUUCGAGAUGGAGGCAGCGGGUCUGAUGAACAGCUUCCCUUGCCUCGUCAUCCGUGGCAUCUGUGACUAUGCCGACUCGCACAAGAAUAAGAAAUGGCAGCCAUAUGCGGCGGGAAUCGCUGCUGCGUAUGCAAAGGAUGUGCUGUCCGUGAUCCCGCCAGCUGCCGUAGCGAAGAUUCGGACAGCGGAAGAGGCGAUUCAGAGCGUACGGAAGAAAGCAAUCUACUCCAUUCCGUUCCUCCCCAACAAGUCCUUCGUUGGACGAAAGACUGAGCUCGACGAGCUGACGGAGAAACUCAUGGUCGACGGGGCAUGCUACAGGAUGUCGAUUGUUGGGCUCGGUGGAACGGGCAAGACACAGGUGGCGCUCCGGUUCGCGUACAUGGUGAAGGAGCGCUGGCCUGAGAUAUCCGUCUUCUGGGUGCCUGCGCUGAGCAUGGAGACUUUUGAGCAGGCGUGCGCUGAAGUAGUACGAAUGCUCGGCGUACCUAAGGCGACCGAUGGUGAGGACGAUGUGAAAGAGCAGUUCAAGUCGCAUCUGAGCACGGCGCAGGCAGGAAAGUGGUUGUUGAUCGUUGACAACGCUGACGAUGCGGACAUUGUUUUUGGCCGUGCUCAAUCGAGGGGCAUUGUUGACUACUUGCCACGGAAUGAAGAGGGCGUGACCUUGUUUACCACACGUACGCUAGAUGUAGCAGUGAAGCUGACGGGCAGCCAUGUGCUAGAGAUUGGCGCGAUGGACCGACAAGAUGCAACGACCUUUUUGACCAGAUCGCUGAUUAACAAAGAGCUCCUUAGCGACAGUGUCGCCACGACAGACUUAUUGGAUGAGCUAGUGUGCCUGCCUCUAGCCAUCGCACAGGCAGCUGCUUACCUUAACGGGAACAGGAUAUCUAUCCGAGAGUACUUGCGGCUACUAUACAGUACAGAACUAGACCUUGUCAAGCUUAUGAGCACAGAGUUCCGUAAUGACGCACAGUACAAAGGCACGGCAAAUGCAGUAGCUACAACAUGGGUGGUGUCGUUUAAUCAAAUCCGCGCACGCGACAAGGUAGCUGUGAAACUUCUGUCUUUUAUGUCGUGCAUCGAGUGGAAAGCGAUACCGCGGUCUAUUCUGCCGAGAGUGCGGUCCAGAGUGCGGAUGACGAACGCUAUUGGCACGCUCUGUGCAUACUCUUUUCUAACAAAACGAGACAAUCAAGACGAGUAUGACAUCCAUCGACUGGUACAUCUAGCAACUCGGAUCUGGGUCAGGCAGUACGGCGACACGAGACGUGUGGUGGAGAAGGGUAUCAGACGCGUAGCCCGCAUUUUCCCCUCGGACGACUACGCGAACCGGACAAAAUGGAGGACAUAUCUGCCACAUGCGGUGCGGCUGCUCGAGGACAACCAAGACUCUUCGAUAAAAGAGAGGUCAGAGCUGUGUCUCUCUGUAGGAAUGUGUCUGAAGGCUGAUGGGAGGUUUCAAGAAGCAGUGAGAUGGCUUAAGGAGUCUCGACUAGCAUCACAGCAUGAGCUCGCAGCCGCGUACCUUACCGACGGACGGGUUAGGAAAGCAGCCAGACUGCUAGAACACGUUGUCGGCAUACGUACAGAAGUGCUCGCAGAAGACCAUCCUGAUCGACUAUCGUCGCAGCAUGAGCUCGCAAACGCGUACUUUGCCGACGGACGGGUUAAGGAAGCAAUUGAGUUGCUGGAAUAUGUGAUCAAGAUAGGACGGAGGAUCUACGGAUCUGAUCAUCCUCAUCAACUAAUGUCACAGCGUGUGCUUGCACGAGCAUAUCACGCCAACAGACAGGUCAAAGAGGCCAUUGAGCUGCUAGAAUAUGUGGUUAGGAUAAAACAGAGGACCUACAGAUCUGAUCAUCCCGAUCGACUCGUGUGUGAGCGCCUGCUAAAAUCUUGGCAGCUUAAUGUGCGGCCGAACUGA